AUGAUUCUUGAAGCCAUUGUGUUCAUCCUUACAGCCCUCGCGCUGUACACUGUGUACUUCAUCAAGUCUUUCAACACCACCCGCCCAACGGACCCCCCGGUGUACCCUGUGAAGGUGCCAUUCCUGGGCCACAUCGUGCCGUUUGGAAAAGAUCCGCUUGGCUUCAUGCAGAAGUGCAAGCGUGAACUUAAAUCCGGCGUCUUCACAAUGAACAUUGUGGGGAAGCGUGUGACUAUUGUUGGCGACCCACGUGAGCACAGCCGUUUCUUCCUUCCGCGCAAUGAGAUACUUUCGCCGCGUGAGGUGUACAGCUUCAUGGUGCCUGUGUUCGGCGAGGGCGUCGCGUACGCUGCGCCGUACCCGCGAAUGCGGGAACAGCUUAACUUCCUCGCGGAGGAGCUGACAAUCGCCAAGUUCCAAAACUUUGUUCCGGCGAUUCAACACGAGGUUCGAAAAUUCAUGGCGGAGAACUGGAACAAGGAUGAGGGCGAAAUUAAUAUCCUCGAGGAUUGCAGUGCCAUGAUCAUUAACACUGCUUGUCAAUGUCUUUUCGGCGAGGAUCUCCGCAAGCGUCUCGACGCUCGGCAGUUUGCACAACUUCUUGCAAAGAUGGAAAGCAGUUUGAUACCUGCGGCCGUGUUCGUGCCAUGGGUGCUAAGGCUACCGUUGCCGCAUUCCGCCCGCUGCCGUGAGGCACGUGCGGAGUUGCAGAGAAUUUUGAGUGAAAUCAUCGUUGCCCGCGAGAAAGAAGAGGCGAACAAGGACAACAACACUUCUGAUCUUCUGGCUGGCCUUCUUAAAGCAGUUUAUCGCGACGGCACACCUAUGUCACUCCACGAAGUGUGCGGCAUGAUUGUUGCCGCCAUGUUCGCUGGCCAACACACCUCGACCAUCACGACUACGUGGUCAAUGCUGCAUCUUAUGCAUCCCAAGAACAAGAAGCACCUCGACAAACUUCACGAGGAGAUUGACGAGUUCCCUGCGCAGCUGAACUAUGACAACGUCAUGGACGAGAUGCCAUUUGCCGAGCGGUGCGCCCGGGAGUCAAUUCGCCGUGACCCCCCGCUCAUCAUGCUCAUGCGCAAAGUGAUGGUGGACGUCAAGGUCGGCCCCUACGUUGUCCCUAAGGGUGACAUUAUUGGCUGCUCGCCAUUACUUUCACACCAUGACGAGGAUGCCUUCCCCAAUCCACGCGAGUGGAACCCAGAACGCCAAGAACAGAUAGAGGGCGCUUUCGUCGGAUUUGGUGCUGGCGUGCACAAAUGUAUUGGGCAGAAAUUUGGGCUUUUGCAGGUCAAAACAGUCCUCGCCACAGCCUUCCGCGAAUACGACUUCCAGCUGCUCCAAGACGAGGUACCGGAUCCCGAUUAUCACACGAUGGUUGUGGGCCCAACUCUUAGCCAAUGCCGUGUGAAGUACAUCCGUAAGAAGAAGGCUUCAACAUAA